CUCACCGGCAGCCCUCAUUUAGCCUCCUCCUCCGCGCGCUCUGCUUCACUGUGUCUGUGCCAGAGGAGGAAGAAGAUGAUGUUCUGCAGCAGCAUCUUGGCUUUGCACCUUUUCCUCUGUGUUCAUUCUCUGCCUGUACACGAGCGGAGGACGGGCAGCAAGUACAAACAGCUGCAGGAAGGGGAUCACAGCAGCAGCCACGUCGGUGUGAAGAAGAGGGGAAAACAUGAACAGGACACGCUGAACAAAGACCACCAUCUGAAGACUGUACCCGGGUCCAAAAACGACACUGAGUUCUGGAAGCGUCCUCGCUGCGGAGUCCCAGACUACCCCAACUUAACGCAAGUCGGCCUGUCCUACUUCCACCUGAAGAAGAAGAAGAAGAAUGGAGGUCUGAGCCGCCAGCAGCGCAAGAAGAGAUUUGCUCUGUUCGGAGGACGCUGGGACAAGACUGACCUCACUUACAAGAUUCUGCGUUUCCCCUGGCAGAUGAGUGAGGACAGAGUCCGGAGAGUCCUUCAGGAGGCAUUCGGUGUUUGGAGUGAAGUGACUCCUCUUACAUUCAGAGAGGUCAUCACUGAGAAAGCCGACAUCAUACUUGACUUCAACAGGUACUGGCAUGGGGACAGCCUACCUUUCGAUGGUCCUGGAGGAAUCCUCGCCCAUGCCUUUUUCCCCAGGACACACAGAGAAGGAGAGGUUCACUUUGACUAUGAUGAGCAUUGGACAUUCGGAAAUGAUGUGGGCACUGAUCUCCUGCAGGUGGCGGCUCAUGAGUUCGGUCAUGUCUUGGGUCUGCAGCACUCCAUGGAGCUUGAUGCCGUGAUGAAUCCUUUCUACAGCGACUCCUACCCUCUGCAGCUGAGCGAGGACGACAAGAGGGGCAUCCAGUAUUUAUAUGGCAGUCCUCGGCAUGCACCCCCUCCUAUGACGGAGACCAAUGAGAUAGACAUUGGAAUGCCGGACGCCUGCAGAACAAGCUUUGAUGCCGUGUCCAUGAUCAGAGGAGAGCUGUUCUUCUUCAAGUCCCGGUACGUUUGGCGUAUUCGUGAUGGGCAGCUACAAGCUGGCUAUCCAGCCUUGGCUUCACGCCACUGGAGAGGCAUUCCUGACCACAUCGAUGCUGCGUAUGAAGACAAGACUGGGAACAUCUGGUUCUUUCAAGGUGAGAACUACUGGGUGUUUGAUGCUGAGAGGAAGAUCACAGGACCAGAUUCAGUGCGGCAGCUGGGUCUUCCUAUAACAGAUAUCGAAGCAGCUCUGAAGUGGGAGGAAAACCACGAGGAGAAAGUCUACCUCUUCAAGUCUGCUUCGUACUGGUCUUUCAACCCACAGCAGAACCAAGUGGACAGUGUCCAUCCUCACAGCAUCCAUUAUUGGGAAGGAGUGCCCGGUCGGAUUGAUGCAGCCUUUCGGGACAAAUAUGGUUAUGCCACUUUCUUGAGCGGAUCGCGCUACUGGAAGUUCGAUCAUGUGGCACUGAAAGUGCUUGGAGGGUACCCACGAAACAUCGGCAUGGACUUCUUUGGAUGCCCCACCUAAAUGUCUAAAUGAGUUCCAAUGCAGACAUCUGUUGCAAAGAGCAGUGGUUUGAUAUUUCAGCCGCAUCCGUCCCACCGAACAUUGUGUCUGCUUGGGCCCUGAAAUCAUUCAUUCAAAAGACUGAAAACCCCUUUAAUGUAACAACAAACACUUUCUAAAGUCAUUUGACUACACACAAAUGGUUUCUGUGUGUUUAGUUCAAAGAAGCAGUCAUCGGAGUUUCUACUUCAAGUUGAAGAGUCAUCUGUAGACAGGUUGUGGAAAUUGUCCUGUUCCUCCAAGCUAACGAACACACAUGUUAUAAAUACACAUUUGGUUUUAAGCAAGCAAUUAUUUCCUGCUUGACAGCUUUUCAGUCACCGCGACCACAAACCCAGGGUCGUGUCCAGAGGCUGGCAUGGACGGCCCCCAAAAAUCUGAUUGGCCAAAUCUGUCUCAAAGUUCAACUGCAUAACGAUCUUUAACGAUGAUUGGCUGCCUGCUGGGUGUUGCACAUUGAUUUUUAAUAGCUUCUUUUCCAACACACACCAGUUAUAUUAAACACUAAUAUUACCCGAACAGAAGAGUAGCAUAGAAGCUGGAUGGUAUGGAUUGUUUUUUUGGUACCAUUCUCAACUUUUGACUGUGGAAACACAAAUAAAUGCGUACCGAACCCAACUGUACUGGACCACAAAUAAUUUGAUUCUGUCAGGUAACAAGAUAAUACACGUUUUCACAGCGUAUCUUGGCAAUGACCGUGUUAAAGAGUCGUGAUGCUUUUGCUUUUGUGACUGAUUUAUGUCUCUAAAGUCCGGUUUCCAACAAGGGGUCCGGUUCAGUUUGGUUUGGUAUGGAACAUAUUUAUAGGCGUUUCCACUGUCAACAGUUGGCAAUGGUACCAAAAUAACUGAUCCGUACUGCUGUACUUUUUUGUUUCCCUUCUGUUGGGUUGCCAAGCGUAAUGAUCUGACCCUAAAGAGUGGAGCUAGACACACUGCAGUCCGCUGAUUGGUUAAAAGAAUCUUCACUUCCCGUGCAACAGUUGCAAUUAAGGACAAGCACAAAAUGCACCAUGUUUAGAUACCCUGUGGAUUCGGAGAGAGAAAUUUCAAGGCUGUUUUUGUUUUUUGCAACUACUGUCAGCACGCUCCACCCCAUGGACGACCUUGGAGAUGCAGACUUCCUACUUCUUAUUGAAUUUAUUGGCCGUCUCCACUAUGUCGCGCCGCUGCGAUUAAGUGAUGUGUAAGAGUACGGUCGGCUGUGGAAACGCAAGCAAGAUCAAAGUUAACCGUACUAAACUGUACUGAACCAAACCAGACCGCUUGGUGGAAACAGGGCUUAAUGUGUCCAUAAAAAUAAAAAAUCAAACUGUGCAUCUAUUCAAACACAGCCUUUUCUAAAUGUACAGCAGCAUGUUGAGAAAGAAUCUCUCAACAAUGUCUUUGAAUAUCCAGGUGCUAUUUAGGGUUCAGUAGGCAAUGUAACCAGUACCUCAUUUAAAAUACCAGUUUAUGAACAUCUUUUGUCUUUCAUUACACGUUGUAUUAUUUUGAUAGAGCCAUCCAAUCGUCCUCGUUGUCUAUUGAAGAGCUUUGGUUCAGUUCUCUGGUUGUUGUUUUGCCUUUGUGAGAAAUUUUCUCAGGAAAUAAAAAAAAUGAAUAAAUCAUGUGUGUCAGUCCUGAUCAGAGAAAUGAGACAAAGCUUCACAAUGGUUUGAUUUACUGUAUAUUUUUUAUAUUUUGUAUGUUUGGUGUUACUGUUUCUAAUCAGUGCAGGACAUUGAUUAUGCAUUUAAUUGUAAGAUAUGUUGGGAUGUGUCAGCAAAAAGUCCAAGUUUGAAGCUUGGAAACUUCUCAGUUGUCGACAUGUCUGAAAACAAUAAGAUCUUUUCUGAUGUACUUUCAACAUAUACUGAUCUGUCUGCUAUUAUAUUCAGUUAAGUCAGAACAUGUCUUUCUUAUGUGAAGUUCUUUGUUUAAAAUGAAAACUAAAGAUAGAAUAAAAAUCGUCUUUUUCAUA